AUGGAUAGUCAAAACCCCGUGUUGGCCUCGUCUAGUCAGAUUUCGGCAGUUCUCGUGCGGGCCCCACAGGAGAAAGGGUUGGCUGGGUUCGCGGUCGACUUUCUGAUGGGCGGAGUGUCGGGUGCCGUGUCCAAGACAGCAGCAGCCCCUCUCGAGCGGGUGAAGCUGCUGAUACAAAACCAGGACGAGCUGAUCAAGUCCGGGAGGCUAAGAGAGCCUUACCAAAGUGUCGGGGACUGUUUCCGGCGGACAAUAAAGGACGAGGGCUUCCCUGCUCUCUGGAGGAAUUCUCAAGUUUUAGAGCAUUAUUUGUUCAUGCAGGCCUUCAAUUUCGCGUUCAAGGAUUACUUCAAGGGGCUUUUCAACUUCAAGAAAGAUAGAGAUGGGUAUUGGAAAUGGUUUGCCGGUAACUUGGCCUCAGGCGGUGCUGCUGGGGCUUCUUCUUCUUUGCUUGUUUACUCAUUGGACUAUGCUCGUACGAGAUUGGCAAACGAUGCCAAGGCCGCUAAGACUGGCGGCGGAAGGCAGUUCAAUGGUCUGAUCGAUGUCUACAGGAAGACCUUAGCGUCAGACGGCAUUGCUGGGUUAUAUCGUGGGUUUAAUAUAUCGUGUGUCGGGAUCAUUGUCUACCGUGGACUCUACUUUGGAAUGUACGAUUCUUUGAAGCCGGUGCUUCUCACUGGAAACAUGCAGGUGCUGGCGUGCUUGCUGGCUAUGAUAAACUCCAGUUGGUCGUCUUCGGGAAGAAGUAUGGAUCGGGUGGUGGUGCUUAGAGCGCGAUUGGAUGGCUUUUCAAUUUAUGUAUGUCUAGGGAGUACUAGUGCUAGAUGA